AUGGAUGGAGCAUUCUUUGUUUCCAGGACAGAGCUGCUUUCGUGGCUCAACAGUACUUUUCAGUUGAGUCUUGACAAGGUAGAGCAAUGUGCCAAUGGCGCUGUGUACUGCCAGAUCAUCGAUGCAUGCCACUCUGGUGCUGUGCCCAUGAAGAAGGUCAACUGGAUGGCCAGGGAUGAACAUCAGUGCAUCCCGAACUACAAGGUACUCCAGCAAGCCUUCAGCAAGGUAGGCAUUCAACGACACAUAGAGGUUGAUAAACUGGUGCGCGGCAAGUACCAGGACAACUUGGAAAUGCUUCAGUGGAUAAAGAAUUACUUUGAGCGCACAUUUCAAGGCACGACUUACAAUGCGGCAGCGCGCCGUAGCGACAAUCUGCCAGACUGGGCGAGGCCGUCAGAUGGCUCCAGCCAGCCACUUCGGCGGCCGUUGAGCAACGCAAACGCAGUGGCCUCCAAGGUGCCGAAACACGGUCGCCCUGGAGGAGGUGAUGGUUACCAGCGCAGCAGUACAGCGCCUAACUUGGCUUUGCUCCAGGAGGAGCAUGAACGCAUACGCGAAGAGGUAGUUGACUUGAAGAUAACAGUUGAUGGAUUGGAAACUGAGCGGGAUUUCUAUUUCCAAAAGCUCCGCGACAUUGAAAUAAUGUGCCAGGCCUGGGAAGAGAAUCCUGAUGCCAGCAUGACUGUCAACAAGUUCGUUGAGGAGGUGCAGAACAUUCUUUAUGCCAAGGAUGAUGAGAUUGGAGAUGCUGAGGGUGAGAUCGGGAGCAAGGUAGGGGGCUUCCUCUUGAUGUCCAUUGCCGCAAACCGGGUGGGCUCAAGGGUGCAGCAGCAAAUGCACCCUGACGGACCUUACCGGUCUCCCGAAGAGGCUAAGAAAGCGAGAUCAUGUAUUGCCCCAGUGGCAAAGAGGCUGUCUGAGCAGCCAGCCCCGCCCCCGCCGGGCAGCUUAUCGCUGGCAGCUGGCUUCGUAGAUGGUUUAGACGAAUUCGAUGGUGGCGUCUCUCGAAGCUCGGUGGGAUUGCUGGAUCAGUCUAUGCUAGAGAUGCGGCUAGCAGGUGACUUUUACAAUGUGCCGGAAAACGUCCCGCGAGGGGUGCAGUUGGAUGACGCAAGCAUGUUCCACAGUUAUCUUGGAGGCGAGGAGCAUUCAUUCGAUACGCCCUUUGAUUUUGGCCACCAGCCUGGCAAACUUGUGCAGAAGGUCCAGGAUUUUCCUGAGCUUUCUUUUCCCGCACAUGUGACGCCAGCGCAGGAGCCCAUGGGCGGCUGCUUGAACACUUGUGUGGAGCUGCGAAUAAUGAACGCGCCAGAGGCAUUUGAGUGCGCCUUCAACUUUUUCAAGACGAAGGCGUCAGCAUCCUUCUCCAAAAUCCGGAUCGAGAAGUUGGCCAUGAAGGCAACAGUGUUCCACGAAAGCAGCAGUGGGGUACUCGUCAGCUGCGUGCUCAAGGCGCGUGUCUACUCAUCAGCAGACGAUGCUUCCAAGCUUCUGUUCGAGUUCAGAAGAUGCAGCGGCGAUGCGCUUGCCUUUGCGCACGCAUUUGAUGAGGCUUCCAAGUACUUGCGGUCGAGGGACACGGGCAAGAGUCUUGGUGAUGAAGCGGGUACGCUUGGUGACAACAUUGCCAGCACAGGUCAAGAGCAGGAGCACAGUCACAUUCAACCUCUGGUUGACAUGGUUGCCGCACGAAGUCCGUCCAACUUGGAGGCUGAAGCGGUGGCAGCCUUGGCAGCUCUGGUUCUGGGCGCUGACACAGCAGGGACCACAGCCCUGCUGGCUGCGCUCCGAGAUGUGCAGAAGAUCCUUGUCGAGCUUUGCGUCGAGAGAAAUGCUAUCGACACAGCGUACCCUGCGGCCAGACUUGUCUCGAAGCUACUCCGCAGUUCGACUGCGGACGCGGAGGCUCAGCAGAUCGCAUCUGAGCUGACUCAAGCGGUCUGUUCAGCUAAAAAUCUUGAUUGGUUGGUGCGCGGGGAGUUGGCUAAGGCAGUUCGAGCCGUUGCUGAGAAACGCACUAUGCAGUUCCCCAUGCCCAGUGGUCUAGAUGGGCACCAACUGGAACAGGCCUUGCGGACAUUGGAGGCACGUGCAUAA